UGCCCUAUAAAUCCCUAAUUUCAUUGUGUACAUCUAUCAUUACCGGUCUGAAGGACUCAUGAGCGCGCAGCGCUUGUCCAGAGCGCGCAGCGCUCGUUCACAUUGCCCCGGGGCAUGAUGGGAGGCCCCAGAGCAUCAUGGGAGGUGACUCAACUGCGCAUGCUCUAUGGGCCCGUGUACCAGGAAGUAAACCAGGAAGUCAGAAAUUUUUUCGGCGGAUGCGCUGGGUGAGCAAACUCCAUUGAAAUGAAUGGGCGGCCAUUUUCGAUCCGGUAUCCAGUUAUAUAAUACAUCCAUGGUAACGCCGGGCGCGUGGCUUGUUGUGGCUCGCGACGAAAACACUGUCUGUUUCUGUUUUAAGUCCUCAAACGUGUUCAAAAUGUCGGGCACCAGCAUGCAAAGUUUCCGGAGCUUUUUGACGGAGCACUUCACCACCUUGGCGGCGGACGUGUUUGGAGAAGUUGAGCGUAUCGUGGAGGCUUGCUACGAGGAGAACAAGCAGCUGCGGAGCAUGCUGCACAUGGUGCUCAGCCCCCAGAUCAACCUGGCCAGGAUAGAUAUUAGUCAGUACACUGUACCGACCACAAUGGACCCUGAGCAACCUCCGGAGGCGAACACCAGGCUGAACAGUGGGGUGUCAGAGCCGCUGACUCAAGAACCUAAAGAAGAGAUGGUUGAGUGCAGCAUAAGCUGGAGAUCAGAAGAACAACAACUGCCAGAAGUUGACAACUUUAAUAUACAAGUCUGUGUGAAAAGUGAACCAGAAGAGGAAGAAGAAAACAUGCCCUACAUCACCGACUCUCAGUCAGCGCAGUGCAACUUGGAAUCACCAGCUUUUUCAUCAGCUACUUUAUCAAAUGACGAGGAGAGAAGUGAACAAGGAGACUUUUCCCCCAUGGAGUCAGAGGAAGAUUCAGCUUACUCACCUUUGCACGAGAGCGAGAAGUUACAGCCUUCGUUACAGAAGACGAUGCUACAGAUUCCAAGGAUGAGAGUCAACGAUUAUAACGUCAACGUUGCCCCAGCUCAUCCCCGCCAAUUUGUGGCAAGACUUCAGGAAACCUUUAAGGAUUUUCCUGACGAGCAGAAGCCUUUAAUAACUACAAUGGGCCUCACAGCGGAUGUGGACUGGGUGGAUUCUGCUUUUGGUAAAGUUCCUAAAGGUAGCAUACUAUCUUACCAGUGCCCCGUGCCAUCAAGUAGUGAUUUCAAACCUCAUGAAGAUACUCCCCCUCAACCGCAGCUUCCCGUGUCUCACCACAAACUGGAGCCUGCAUCUAUUUUUCCCCACCUCAGUGCCCAAGAGCAGGGGCAUAUAAAUGCCAUGUCUGUCACAUGGGAGGAUGCACACAGUCUGGAGGAGUCCACCCGUGGAUGCAAGGAGUCUGUAGAAAAGCUGCGGAAGCUGCGCUUGACCAGCCGUUUCAGAGAGAUCUGCACGCGUAAAGCAGGACAGAGCCAUGCAGAAAAACUGCUACUGAAAUUACAGAAAGGCGGUCGUAGGAACAAGAUGACGCAGAUAGAUGAGGAAACAAAGCCGGAAGCUCUUCGGGAAUACUGUCGGCAUUUGUGUGUCAACUGGUCCCCCUGUGGUUUGGUCGUCCACCCGGAUGCUCCCUGGCUGGGGGCCGUGCCUGAUGGGCUGGUGUACGACCCAAAAGAGACAAAGAGCUUUGGUUUGGUGCACAUCGAGUGCGUCAAUUUUCAGAGUUUCAGCGAAUGUAAGUUUCUAGCCUGUAGGGAUGGAUUCCUGCAGUUGAAACUGACACAUCCACACUAUUGGGACAUCCAAGGAGAGAUGUUGGUGACGGGUACGUCAUGGUGCGAUCUGCUGGUGCACUCCCGAAAAGACAUACUCGUUCAACGCAUCUAUCGCAAUGAGACCAUCAUCCAAAACAUGAAGAAGAAGUUAGAUGAGUUCUUUUUCUAUUACUACCUCCCAAAUCUAAUCUUAAACGAGUAGACAGCUUAAGGUGGUAUUGCUCAAACUACAGUCGUAUUCCCUUCAGCAAAAGAUCUGCCCUCCCAUGCUCCAUGUUGUUGUAUAUUUAUCCAACUUGUGUGAUUAGGUGAUCCGUUUUAAAUUGAAUUUGACUCUUCGUUUCUUGUGUUUUUACCUUACUCUACUAGUUUCCUACUUUGUUCCAGUUCUGUGUCUACUUUAAACCUAUUUUUCAUAUUCAACUGAUUAGUUGAAUCCGUUGAAUUUCAUGAUUCAACUGAUUAAUCUUACAUUCAGAGCACGACUUAAAGAAAAAAGUUUGAAAUGUUCACAAAUAAACUUCAGAUCUAUGUGCCCCCAUGUGGUUAGAGGUGGUACUGCUGGAUACAGUGGCUUUGAGCUUCGUAUGGUGUAGUCUAGUGUUUCCCAACCCUGGUCCUCGGGGCCCACUGUCCUGCCUGUCUCAAGUGCUGCCCUGCUUCAGCAUACCGUCAUACAAGGAGCUGUGUCAUCAACAGAGUGGUCCAGACCUGCAUGACAAGCUAAUGAGGACAGUUAAUUUGAAUCAGGUGUGUUGAUGCUGGGAAACAUGGACCAGGAUUGGGAUUGGGAAACACUGGUGUAGUGGAAAUGGGGGAAAAUAAUGACCCACUAAAAUAGUAUGAUGGUGAUUAACUGUCCCUCCUCACUUUGCUGUUUUGGUUUUUACAUCUGUCCAACCUUUUUCUAGCUUCUGUUUGUGGUUCUGCCUCUGAACUGAAGAAGUGGAGACCCAUCUUGGCCAUAAUAGUCAGAAAUAGGGUAGGAAGUCAGGCCUGUAGACGGGUUGAAAUCUUGUAAUUUGUACAGUUGAUUCAAACACAAGUUUUUCAUGAAACAUCACAGUACCGUAUUUCUAUUGUUUGAAAUUCUCCCGCUCCAGAAACAUAACUGUUAAAACUGCAUCAGAUGUUUGCAUUGCAGAUACAAACUUCUAUCUGUUCAUUCUCAUGAUUGUAUUCUUGAGUCUUAUUCCAAAUGUUGGCAUCGUUUCAUUUGCAUUGAAU